GAUAAUUGUCACGUGUUCCGUGUACACUAGCAACUACUGUAUACUACGUAUUAUUGUUUACUUACGAUCCAAAAUGUUGGUAAAUAUUUGAUUCUACGUAUAUUAAUUAAAUAGGAGAUUUUACUGAAAGAGAUAAUGUCAACGGUACGUGGUGCUUUAAUAGUAUUAGAAGGAUGUGAUAGGGCGGGAAAAUCCACCCAGGCGAAGUUGUUGGUUAAUGCGUUGAAACAACGUGGCAUUCCGGUCGAACAACGAGCGUUUCCCGAUAGAACGACUGCCACUGGAGAAAUAAUAAAUAAUUAUUUGAACAAGAAACUAAAUUUUUCACUGGAAACAGCACACAUGUUGUUUUCUGCAAAUCGAUGGGAAUGCAAAGAUGAAAUUUUGAAAUCUUUAUAUAGCGGUACUACUGUUGUUAUAGAUAGAUACGCUGGUUCAGGUGCUGCUUAUACAGCAGCUAUGACCAAUAGAUGUUUAAAUUGGUGCAAAGCACCUGACAGAGGAUUACCUUCUCCGGAUGUAGUUAUAUUCCUCAAUGUUUCCAAUGAAACUCAGUGUUCACGUAGCAAUUGGGGAAGUGAGCGGUAUGAAAAUAACGAAAUUCAGUCGCACGUUGCUUCUAACUAUAAGAAAAUAAUGGACCAAACAUGGUAUAUAAUUAAUGCGAAUGACAAUAAAUCAAGCAUACAUUCUCAAAUAUUACAGAAAGUAUUAGAUAUUAUAGACAAAGUUAAAAAUUUACCUAUUGGUAGAUUAUACGAAUCUAUAGAAUCUGGGAAUUGACAUUAAUAAUUUAAAUAUAAUUCCAAAUGCAACAUAAGUUGUGUCAAAAAUACCUCUCAAGCAUAAUAACUAGAUGUAAAAUAUGCGUCCUCUCGUAUGUCAGUUUUUUCAUUUCCCAUUCUAAUUCUUCAAUGAUAAAAGCCUAGCUCUUCUAAGAAAAUGAUGAAAAAAAUGCGAAUGCGUUGUAAAUGUUAAUAUUCGGAGUUGAUAUAUGGUGUAUCCAUUGAAUGAGAAAAUGAAUUUUGCACAAUCGUACUUUCACAUAAGAAAACUUUUUGUCCACCGAUUUAUAUUUCUUAAAACUGUAUAAACAAAUAUUAUCGAAAUCAUAUUUAUUUCUGUGGAGUAGGUAAUCAAAUUUAUAUAUACAAAUAAAUUUAUACAAUGAAAUUGAUAGUAAUUAUACAUCUGAAAUACGUAUGAAAGAAAUAAAAUAGGUUUAUUUAUUUUCGCUAUGUAAUAUAUAACAGUUAUUUCACGAAAAUUGACGAUUCGUGGCCUUAGAUGUAGUAUUUUUUUGGUCUCGAAACAGUUAAAGAGAUCUAUUAAGCGUUUAAAUGGCAGGCUGGUUGAAAGAGAUAAAUUAUCAUUUUGAUAUGGACAAGAAGUACAUGCCAUUUUUUCAUACGUGUAUUAAUCGUUCUUAUAAGUAACACUUUUAAUUAUUAAUAACAAAUAAUACCAGUGAAUAUGGUAUAAACUUCCAUUUUGUAUCGAUCGAAGGUAGUAGCAGAAAUUAUAAUAGAAGCACAGACGACAAGUAUACAUUAUGUUCUAUCAGUAACAGACAUGCGAUUAGUACGAGUUGCCACAGUUAUACGGCAAUGUAUCAUAAAUCUCUGAACAUCAUCUACAUAUGUCGAAUACUUGUAUCAACUUCGAUAUCUGUUAAUAGAUUGCGAAUUUCUAUGCGAAAUUCAUAUUUUUGAAAAUAUAGUUAAGUAUUAAGAAUAUUAUAGAAAGCACUAUAACUCUGGAUAUUAUAUAUUUUUUCAUAUUGCGCGCAUUUUAUCCAACUUUAAUAGAGUAUAUCAUUGUUAUGACUUACCGUUUCAGAUAUCGAAAGCAAUAACGAUAUUCAGAAUGAUUCUAUUAUAAAUAUUUUGUAUAACCCGAUUUAAACUAAAAAAACAAUAUUCCAAAAGAAUAUUUUUAAAAAGCUUAAAAAUAUUCUUCGUUACGUAUAAUUAAAUAAAAUUCUUUAAAAAAAAAAUCGUCCUUCGUCUUGUUUCGAUAGGCGUGGAAAAAUAAUUUAUAAAAUUUCUCUGCUUUGAAAAUUUUUAGAGAAAUUUUAACCCCUCGGAGAAAUAAACGGACUUAUGUUAAAAAUA